AAAAGAAGUCAAUAAUACCCUCUUAUUAUUUCGAAACGUGUUUGAUAUUUUUGCCAAAAAACAAAUCUGCCGUGAAAAUUCUGUCGGCCUAGUUGUGACAGAUUAAUUUUCGACGACAGAUUUAAUGGUCUACGACAGAUUUUUUACGGCAGUUUUUUUUUUCCGACAGAUUUAUUUGAAUAUUGUUACGACAUAUUUUAAAAUUGUAACAGAUUUUUUUCUUCGACAGACUUAUUUGCUCUUGACGCCGCAGACUUCCGUAAUUUUGACAGUUUUAUUUCAGUGUAUAGCAGAUUUUUGUUUCUAGUGUCAGUAGACUAAUAUUUUUCAGAACAAAUCUGUCAUAAAGCAGCAGAUUUGUUAAAGAAAAAAUAAUUGCUAGUUUGACUUUUUAGUGGUGACAGAUUGUUUUUAUGUUAUGACAGAUAUUUAAAUGUCAACAUAAAAUUUGCAGUGUUAUAGCAGAUUUGUUUUUUAAAAAUAAAAAUUGCUAGAAUGACAUAUAGUCCCAACAACGUUAUGACAGUUUUUUUUUAUGUUAUACCAGAUUUUUAAAAAGUCUGGUGUUUCAUAGCAGAUUUUUUAAAUUGAAAUAAAAUUAUUGGAAUGACCUAUUUAGUGACAGCAGAUUUAUAUUUGUUAUGACAGACUUUUAUUAUAUUAUGACAGAUUUUUAAUAUUUAUUUGAAGUCGGAAUUUAUGUUGGAAAUAUCAUGUGUGGCAGUUUUUUAAAAAAUUUGAAAUAUAGCGACACCGCAGACAUACUUGUAACGUGACAGACUUUUUAAAAUUAACUGCCAAAUCUGAUUUAAAAAAAUAUUAAUUACGAUCAUAACUUACCAUAUUUUUCUAGGGUUUUGUGGCAUCAGUUACGGUUUCCUUUCUCCUCCAUUCUCACCACGAUGCCACAAUCUUUUUCUACAGAAAAACGUUCAUCUCUUUUAGGGUUCCUAUUCAAGUAGAUUUGUUAAAAAUUUUCCAUUUUUGGUUAAUUCUCUUUACCUUUUCUUUCAAUCCACGUUAUAUUAUACGAUUUGGAGUUCUAUCAAUAAUGUUUCAAACCAGAGGGAGUGGAUUGGAUAUGAAUAAGGUGAUCCUAGUAUGUGGCAAAUAGAUUUUCGAGAAAAAUAUAUGGUCGUUUGUCAUUGAUAACAAUAGGGGAUAUCGCGUGAUGGAAGUUAACCGUGAAACAAGUUACGAUCAAUGCAUUCAAAUGGUCUUUGAGGAUUAUGGGCUGCAAAACAGAGUCUGCGAUGUUGUCUUGAGCUACGAGAUUUCGAAGAUGAUGUCGCAGUCCUUACCUGGUGAUACACCACCAGUUUUUAUAAGUAAUUCUAGACAGUUUCACACUUUUUUAGGGUUAUUGAAGAGCAAUACAAUUCGUCUAUGUGUGGAAGUGAAAAGGAAAAACUCGACUCACUCCAAUGAAAUCGACAAUGAAGGUGUCACUGCCAACAAAUUGCAGAGAAAACGAGGAAGAAACAAAAACAUGAUGGAAGAAGAAGAAGAAACUGAUUUGUCUCAUGAACUCGCAGCCCCGAUUGAGGUAGACGAGAAAGAUGAAGAAAUUCGAUUUGAUUACUGCGACGAUUCUGACGGAACAGACUCUGAUGACGAGAAUUUUAGCUUGUAUGGGAUUCCACCAGAAGAAAAGGAAAAACCUAAUUUACCAAUGAAGAAGAGGAGUCUAGGUACUUUCAUUGAAGAACAAAAAGAAGAAGAUCAUUAUGCAACAUUAGAAAUGUAUGUUGUGGAAUUGGUUGUUGGACAAUGUUAUGAAACGAAAGAGCAUUUGGAGACACGAUUGAAGAUAAUUACCGUGGUUCAAAAAUUUGAUUUUUUUGUUUAUAAAUCGACAUCAUUUAUAUUGGUUGUCAAGUGCUGGGUUCAAGGUUGUACGUGGAAGGUACGAGCUACACCAACAAACGACUAUCCAAAGUUUCAUGUCCGUAAGUAUGUUUCGGAACAUACAUGUUUAGUUACAGACCGUUCUGCACGUGCUCGACAAGCAACGCAUGAUAUACUUGGUGUGUUGUAUAAGAUUUUGUUGGUGGAGUUGGACCCACGGUAUUGCCAAUGCACGUUGCCGAAGCGAUGAAUAAAAGGUUUCACAUAAAGAUGGAGUAUUGGAAGGCAUAUCGGACACUACGACACGCCCGUGAAUUGGUGAGGGGGAUUCCAGAGAGUAGAUACGAGCAACUACCCACAUACUUAUACAUGAUACGUAGAGCAAAUCCUGGAACCUUAACGCGACUUGAAGUUGAUGCAACGCAAAGAUUUAAGUAUUUGUUCUAGCGUUUGGUGCAAGCAUGCUUGGAUUUUCUUACAUGAGGAAAGUUGUUGUCGUUGAUGGCACUUUUUUACAGGGAAAAUACAAAGGGACACUUCUAACAGCAACGACUCAAGAUGGCAAUUUCCAGAUUUUUCCAAUAGCUUGUACGGGGAAUAUGUACAUCCAUAUGUACAAGAACAUAUUGGUAAAGCAAUAUAGAAGGUGUAUACAAAGUCGAAUCGGGGAAUAUGUACAUACCAUAUGUACAAGAACAUAUUGGUACGUUUUAAAGAUCGGGAUGCAUUUGGUUUGGUAAAGAAGGCGGCAAAUGCUUUUAGAUUAGUCGAUUUUCAAAGCACAUUUGAUCAAAUUGAGGCGCUGAGUCCUGCUCUUCAUAAUUACCUGGAACGAGCUGAUGUGCGACUGUGGACAAGUGUACAUUUUCUGGGUGAUAGGUACAUACUUACAAGUAAUAUUGCAUAAUCAAUGAAUAACGUGAUGUCACAUGCGAGGAGUUUUCACAUAGUACAACUGCUAGAUGAAGUAAGGUCCAUGAUGACAAGAUGGUUUUCAGAGCGAAUGAAUGAUGCAUUGAAAUUGACCACAGCUCUGACACGUGGAGUAGAGAAAAUUCUGCAGGUUCAAUCUCUAAACAUGUUCAACACUUGCAAGGCUAUUCAUGUAUAUUGUUCAUAAAUUGAUAUUUACCCAUUGAUUAUUUUUACAGAGCCGUGUAGAGUACGCUAAGUUACUUACUGUACAAGCUAUAGAUGCACAUCAGUUUCAAGUUACACAUGGAUCUUCUCUCCAUGUUGUUAAUUUGAAAGACAAAAAGUGUACGUGUCGCAGGUUUGACUUGGAGAAAUUGCCAUGUGUUCAUGAAAUUGCGGCGGGUGAAAACAGGAAAGUCUCUAGAAUUUCAAUGUGUCAUCCUUAUUAUCACAAAAACUACUUGUGCAAUUCCUAUGCAAACGCCAUCAUGCCUAGGGAUUUUGCUAUACAUGUUCCUGAUCAUGUGGCUACCAAGAUAUGUUUGCCCCCAGAAGCUCAUCAACAACCAGGAAGGCCUAAAAAAUCAAGAAUUAAAUCUGCAUUGGAGAUUGCUAUGGAGAAGAAGAAGCCAAGAAAACUACACACUUGUGGGAAAUGCAAUCAAAUAGGACAUAAUCGUAAGACAUGUAAUUCAUAUUUUCUUAAAGAUUUCUUAUGUUGGUUUGAUUUGGUUCUUUCUGU